GAUCGCUGUCUGCACAAAGGAAAUAUAUGAGAUCCCCUCUAAUCCCUGAAAUGGCGACACAGGAGGUACAGCUGAAUGAGACCCUGGCCCACCUCAAAAGCGAGUCGGAGACGCUCAAGUCGAAGCUGGAGGAGGAAAGAGCCAAGCUGCACGAUGUCGAGUUACAUCAGGUGGCAGAGAAAGUGGAAGGCCUGGGUCAGUUUGUCAUGAAGACCAGGAGGACUCUGAAGGGACAUGGAAACAAAGUGCUGUGUAUGGACUGGUGCAAGGACAAGAGGAGGAUUGUCAGCUCUUCUCAGGAUGGAAAAGUCAUUGUAUGGGAUGCUUUUACCACAAACAAGGAGCAUGCUGUGACAAUGCCCUGCACAUGGGUGAUGGCCUGUGCCUACGCCCCAUCUGGCUGCGCUGUAGCUUGUGGUGGUCUGGAUAACAAAUGCUCUGUGUAUCCUCUGUCUCUGGAUAAAAAUGAGAACCUGGCUGCAAAGAAGAAAUCAGUGGCAAUGCACACAAACUAUCUGUCGGCCUGUAGCUUUACCAACUCUGAUAUGCAGAUCUUGACAUCCAGCGGGGAUGGGACCUGUGCACUGUGGGAUGUGGAGAGUGGGCAGCUGCUGCAGAGUUUCCAUGGACACGCAGCUGAUGUUCUCUGCCUGGACCUGGCUCCCUCUGAAACUGGCAACACUUUUGUCUCAGGGGGUUGUGAUAAGAAGGCAAAUGUGUGGGACAUGCGCUCGGGACAGUGUAUCCAGUCUUUUGAGACCCACGAGUCAGACAUCAACAGCGUGCGAUACUAUCCUAGUGGAGAUGCAUUUGCUUCUGGAUCCGAUGAUGCAACAUGCCGGCUCUAUGAUCUAAGAGCAGACAGAGAGGUGGCCAUUUAUUCCAAAGAAAGCAUCAUAUUCGGAGUUUCCAGCGUUGACUUUUCUCUUAGUGGAAGGCUACUGUUUGGUGGUUAUAAUGACUAUACCAUAAAUGUAUGGGAUGUCCUCAAAGGAACAAGAGUUUCCAUCUUGUUUGGACAUGAGAACCGAGUGAGCACACUUCGAGUUUCCCCUGAUGGGACAGCCUUCUGCACAGGCUCCUGGGACCACACUCUGAGGAUUUGGGCCUAAAGAACCAAGACUUUUGGCUAUUCAGAUCUAGUGACACGUCAGCAUUUGAGUUUGCUAGAGUACAAUCACAGACAUAGAGACUUUCUGGUUGUACAUAGAGCAUAUCAAUAUCCUAGUGUAUAUACAGCAUCCCAAUGGCCAGGGUAGACAUGCCUACUGCAGAAAGUAAUUAAACCAAAUGGCACGCUUGUGUUUGAAACUAUUGAAAGAACAUUGCACAAUACGUAUAUAGUUAAAUAUAAUGAUGUAAAAUAUAUAUUAUAGAAAAUAUCACUGGUAGUGAAUAGCGUUGGUCUAGAAUAGAAAUGACACAAUGAAGUGAUGUAUUUGCCCACAUGAAAGGGAAAAAGUAUUUUAUUUCAUUGUUUAUGAUUAAAAGAUAUUAAAAUGCUGUCUGUAAAUGAAAUACAAAAAUGGAAAGAUUUAUACUGGUGGUACACAUUUAGUUUAUCUGAGUGGUUAGAUUUCUAUUAUUUGAUAUGGCUGGUUUAAAAAAUGAAAAUGAAAUGUCUGUACAUUUAAUUAUACGAUUCCAAUUGUUUACAAAAAGAUGCCUCAAAUCACUACAACGCAAAGCACAUUUAAUGGUACACCAAAAUUAUAAAGUAAUUUAAUUAUAAAAGUAUGUUUACCUGAAAUCUGGUUCAGCUGUUGAAUGUGUUUACAUAUUGAUGUCCACUUUCACAGCAGGUACAACAGUCUCUUACUUGAUGAAAAGAUGAUUGCAUUAGAAAUGUGCUCCUUGUGCAGUUUGUCUAAUGGCUGUUAUU